GAAUUAACGACUUAAAAUUCUAAUAAUAUGAUGAGUACAGUAUACUUGUUAUUCAUAUCACAGAGCAUGAUUUAUAUCAUCGUUACCUGCUUGAAAUGGAACGCAUACUACCUUAUUGAUUUUCCGCGGAAAGUGCGAAAUGUGAUUUUCAUGCGAAUGGAAAUAAAACAAACAAACUGAUUGUGUUGAGUUGUAUAUUUUUCGACAAAAUGUGAAGUAAUUACCAAAAUAUCAAUCGUAAAAUACCCCAGCAAGAUGUGCUCUACGUUUUUUAAAACUGUACUUUUUAUUAUUCUUAUUGAAGAAAAAUAUUUUACUGUAGAGUCUAGUGUAUCCUUUACAGGUUUUCAGCAAAAUAGAAGUUUGCACCAUUUACGUCGUUCGAGUGUUGACGAUGCCUUUUUCAAGAACCAGAAGUCUUCGUAUAGGUCUUUUCAGCCUGUUGCUGUGAAGUACCAUAAGACAACAUAUCCCCGAGCGGAUGAUAAGCCCGACUAUGAUAUUACGUCGUACGACUCUGAAUAUGGUGGAGUANGUGGAGUGGUCUCCAAUUUUACGUCUUCCAUUUAUGAUGAUAAUCCGCCACUGUACCCAAACCCCGAAUUCGUUUCCCGGAGUAACCAAGUGAGCAAGACCGAAACUAAGCAAGCGGAGGCAGAAGUGGACUUGCCUGAUGACUCGCUGGCUGACGCGGACCUCAACGAGCAUAACAUCAUCGACAGCGUGACCUACCUGUACGGGUUCAAUAGUUGCCAUGGCGUUAGGAACGAAUGGAUGAUAUUGAUCUUCAUAACGAGCGGCAUCGCCAUCAUCCUGCUCAUCUCAGCAGUAAUGUGGCUGAUGUGGAGCGAGUACGCGGCGGAGUUCAGACGCAGCAGCAAGCUUUACCCGAUUAACAUCAACCUGUGCUGCUGCCUGAUAGCUUGCACGCUGAUUUACAUACAGGCUGUGGUGGGCGUCUCAUCCCCAUCACAAUGCGAAAGGAUCGCUCUACUGCUUCACUACACGCACGUAUCGUGUGCGAUGUGGAUCGUCGCUUUAGCAGCAGCUGUAGCCGAGUACUGCACUUGUGACACUCUUCUGCCGCUGAAAUACAACUAUUUACUGGCCUAUGGAGUACCCGCAUUGGUUGUCAUGUUCAACUACGCCUUAUCAAUGGAGCAUUACGAAAUCAAGCACUACUGCUGGAUGUCCAUCGAAAAAGGAAUGGUGAUGGGUUUCAUGGUGCCAGCUAUGAUCCUAAUCCUGAUCAACACUGCGAUCAUCAUUCUAGGACUUCAGAGCGUGAAUAAGAAGCAAGCUGAGAUGUUGACGGCCAAAAUACAGGAGCUUGUUGACCACCACAUAGCUAAUUGGCCUAAAAAUGAGCCCAUGGAGACUGUUAUUGAUAAUAGAAAUGGAAGUGUUGAUACCCUGGAUAUUUACACUCCAGGCAGUAGCAGGAAGAACACAGAUAGCUCGGAUACGCUAGAUCGGGAAUACAAUUACGAAGAUGACCAAUACGGCAACAAUGGCCAUGAAAACGACGGGAACGGAGACGGCGUAAAUGAAUCCGCCCACGCCAAGGCUAUACAAGACAAGGGUCUCCUAAACAUGCUAUACAUGGACAACCUCUCUUGGAAAUGGAGCUGGAACACCGAGGGCAACGAACUGAAGACUUACCUGAACCUCUGCUUAGUGCUGGAACCGUUCUUCGCUAUCAACUGGGUGAUGGGAGUGGUCGCCAUCGAGAACGCCACGCACUGGUCUACACCGACGAUUUAUUUGAUUCUCGUGGUUUCUAUGGUAAGUUUGAAAAUAUUUUUAUAGACCUUGCCUGUUU